AAUGCAAUUAGAAUUUAUGAAAAGAUCAAAUCUUAAGAAACAAUAAAAUUUGUAGCGUAGCAAAAGUUGUUUAUUACCAUAAUAGAUAAAAAUUAGACAUAAGAAAGCUAAAACAGUUAGUGAUUAUUUGUAUUAAGGUCCAAUAUUAAAAUUGGAUACAGAAUUAGAAAAAAAAAUAAGAAUGCUAAUUUAUUCAUAAAGAUGUUCUCGUUUGCUAUUAAAAAGAAAGACAUGUAUAUAAGAACCUUAAAAUAACAUAUUUGUAUCAAGAGAUAAAUUGUUGAGAUAUUAAGAAGUGAUGUCUAAGAAAUUUGUAAGUUUAUAAUAAAUAAAUUAUAUUUAGGAUUAAGUAGAUUCUUCAUGUGAAUCAUCUCCUUAGAUGAUGACAAAGAUAUAAUUUAAGAAGACUUAGUUUAGUAAGAUAUAAUUAGUAGAAAAUACAAUAAGUUAAUAUUUAACUCCUAGAUUAAAUGGAGAUUAAAAUAUAAAUUUAUUGAGUAGAAAAGCAUCUCAUAGUGUUAUAGCUUAAUAUGUAAGAGAUAAAAAUAAGAAAUUAAAGAGUAAUGUUCGUUGUGAAUAAAAAUUGCCUUUGAUAAAAUAGCCAAGUUUGAAUGAAUUUAAUCAAUAUUUUUUGGCUUCAAAAAGAAGUUUUGAUGUGGGAAGAAUAACUUAAUAAUUAAUUUAAUCAAAAUCUUAAGAUAAUGGAAUUAAAUAGAUUUAGUUAAAUUAAAAACAAACUUAAUUUAUAAAUAAAUAGAAAAAUAUAUUGAUUUAAUAAAAAUCAGAGACUUAAUUAAAUUAAAAUAUACGUUUAAGGACAUUACCAAGUGAUAUGAUAUUGAGUAAAAAUAAAAUCAGCUUAUAAUAAAAGUUGAGACCUUAUCUUAAAUGA